AUGGAACAUAUCAACUACUCGCUAGAAGCUGUACAUAUAUACAAAACAAUGGCUUGUGCUGCAAUAACACUGAAAGGAAUCAAAAUUGUUGUUGAUAUUUCAAAUAUGAAUCUAUUACUGGUUUCUGCGCACUUUGACUCGGUUGGUUUUGAUUUUCGCCCUGAAAAUAUGAUCUGUUUAUUUUUUAUUUUUAGCUGGAAUAUUCUAUUGGAAUUUUCAAACCAUAUGAAAUUAGAGAUGUUGAAAAUCGAAAAUAUGUGACGAUUCAUGGAAAUGAUUGUAAUAAGCAGAAAAUGUGAGUUUUCAUUAAAUUUUUUCCCAAAAAUUAGAAUUUUGAAUUUUUAUUUCCAGAUCAAUGAUGAUUUUCGAGUUUCAAGAAAAUGAUCCACAAAUUCAUCAAUUUGAAAAAUCUUUGGAUGUGAUUUUCGAGAAGAGCAGAGCAUUUUCAGCCGGCAUGAAACGGAAGUUUUCGCCUCAGAAAGAAAUUAUUUAUGAGGUCAGUUUUCAUAUGAAAUCAAAUAACCCAUAUUCUAUUUUUCAGCCGUCUUCAUUAACUGAUCAAUUCAAUAACAAUUAUAACCGAUUUUGCAAAAGAAUGCGGAUUGAAGAAAGUGAUAGCAUUGUUGUCGGAAGUUUUGAUGAAAAUUCAAAGCUGGAAACUUGA